GUGGCUCGCUUCUCACAGUGCGCUUGUUUACGGUCUAUCCCCAGACGGUGCCGGUAUCCUUCGAGAACGCCUGGCUUGCCGAGAUGUGGUCACCCGGGGUUGACGAUCAAACAGCGCCUACAAUGACAAGUGCGGGAAUCUACCAGGGGUGGCAGUUUGAGACGGUGAUGCAGGAUCCCCGCGUUGUUUUGGGAACCGGCCCCACUCGAGCUGGCGCUGUUGGCGGCGUGCUCCAAAUUGCCUUCGUGCCAGCAAACGCGGCCAGCAAGCUGAUCCUGACAGCGGUGAGUCCCAGUGGUUGGGACUUUCAGGCAGGCAGGGUGCCCGUCAUCCGCACCCCGCCAUCCCCGGCCAUCUUGGGGGAGAACCGAAGGCCCAGCGAGGCCCAGCGAGGCCCAGCUCGACUGUCGUGGCACCCGUGGGCCUGGUCUGAGGUGCUGAUACUGGACAAUAUCUCCAUCAAGGCGGCAUUGUCUGUGCUGCUUUGCAUGAGCAUAGCUGGCAUAGCUUCUAGUUCGACAGCGCUGGACCUGCUUCCAGCAUGCCGGGGGAGCAUUGUUGCCUCUGCUGUUUCUAAUCCUUGUGUGUCAGAGACGACGGCACUGGCAAGUAAGCGCAGCACAGCUACCAGUGGGGGAAUCGCCAGAUUCGAGCUUGCAACCUUUGCCCUUGGACAGAUGGGAAACGAGGUCGCUGCAGACUCCAGUGGUUCCUUGGCCGCGUGGCGACUUCCAGGAGCCCUGGAGGUGAGCGCGCUGCAGCUUGGAACCUACCAGAGUAUCGUCCGAGACACGGGCGACACCAUCUUCCAACAGCUCCCUCCAAGACUACUUUUGCGUGAGACGGUCUUGAUCAUCCAUUUCAGUGUGACGCAGGCGUGUUUUUCAGGAGACAUUCUGUCUCUGGAAGACCCCACAGGAACCUUCGAGAUGUUCCAGGAGAAUGCCACGAUCAAGCAGGUCGGCAAUGGAUUCAUGCUGCUGGCUCAGCCUUGGAUUCCAAAUUGGAUCUGUUUCCACUCGCCCGGGACCAUGGAGCAGCUUCACCGCUUUGCUGCAUCCCUCGUGGACGCCAGGAGCGCGCAGCCCUUGGUGGAAAAUGCUUGCGCAUCCCGAGCAAACAGGGAUAGCUGGACCUACAGCGUUUUCUGCAGGGAGGUUUGCGUGGCUGAGUCGGAAGAUCCAGAUGCAACCUUUGUCCCAUCGAUUGACUGGCCGCUCUAUGUGACGCUUAAAGAGGCAAGAGCAGAGGACCUACUGCAAGCGAACCCAAAUGCUGUCAUAACCUCAUAUUCCGAGUGGCGCUCUAAGUUCAAUGAAGGACAGUACUUGACCCUGCUCUUUUACCACGCCUUCCUCCUCCUGGAAGUCGAAGGCGGCCUCGGGAUUUGGACGGAGAAGUACAACGACAAGCUGGAGCUCAUGUAUGGCGAGCUCGAGACGCUCCGUGCUUUCGGGCAAGGCCAUCGCGCCACAGGCGAGCUACGAAAGCCAAGCUUGCAGCAUUCCCAAGUCACGCUUGAUGCUUGCGUGACGCUGCAAGACCUGGUCGACUGGAUCUGCGGCCCUUUAGCUAUUGUCUGGCGCCCUUAUUGCUUGAUCAACAGCAACUGCCAACACUAUGCCCGAGACUUGAUUCAGUUCCUUCAUGACAAGCGACUGGCCGAGAACUUGAAAUCCGAUCGCGAGGUGGUACUGUCUGCAGUUCAGUCAGAAGGUUGCCGGCUGCAGCAUGCGACUGAGAGGCUUAAGGAUGAUCGUGCGCUUGUCCUUGCUGCUGUCUCUUCAGAUGGAGCAGCUCUCGCUUUCGCUUCCAAGCGACUGAGAUGUGACAAGGGACUGGCUUUGGCAGCGGUGACAAAGUGUGGGGCUGCCUUGCAGUUCUGCGCAGCUUUUCUCCAUGAAGAUGAAGACAUCGUCUUCGCGGCGGUUGGCCAAGACGCCACAGCGUUGCGAUUUGCAUCUACUGAGAUGAAAUGCAAUCCCUGUGUUAUCAUUGCAGCUGCAACAGACGUGUCCGGUGUCAUCGAUUGGUCUCGCAUCUUUACCUGUUCCGCGCUUACAGAAGAUGUCGAUGUGGCUGCAACUGCCAUCGGAUUGGACUGGCGAGCUGGUGAAUGGGUAUCAGACGGUCUCCGCUCCGACGCUCACUUCAUGAAGCGUGCCGUGCUUCUCAACGGUCUGGUGCUACAGCUUGUGCCGGAGAAUGUCCGGCAGCACGCAACAGUGCUCCGUGCCGUGCACCAGAACGGCCUCUCGCUCCAGUUCGCCGGCGAAGAGCUUCGUGCUGAUCAACGAGUGGUUCGUGAAGCCAUUGCGCAAAAUGCAAUGGCCCUGCAAUUUGCCUCCGAGGUGCUGCGAGCCCGGCGGGACGUGGUUCUCAUGGCUGUAGUCAGGAAUGGGCACGCCCUGCAGUUUGCUUCUGAGGACUUGCAGCAGGACCACACCCUUGUGCUCACAGCAGCUCGGCGUUUCCUCUUCGCUGACUGGAGCUGGUUCUUUCAAGACAAGGCCAUCAAGGAUCAGCGCCACAUUGCCAUAGCUGCCGUCAGCAUGGAUGCCUCUGCUUUGCCACACACCGGACGGCAAGCUGACAAGGAGGUGGUUCUGGCAGCGCUUCAGCAGGACGGCCAGAUGCUGGAGUUUGCAAGCGAGGAUCUGCAGGCGGACCCGAGUGUGGUGCUGGUGGCAGUAGCUUCGGACGGCACCGCGCUCCGCUUCGCUUCAAACGCGCUGCGGGGCUGUCGCAAGGUCGUUUCGGUGGCCGUUCGGCAGAAUGGUCUGGCGCUGCAGUUUGCAGAGCAUAGCCUGCGGUGUGAUUCCGAGCUCCUGAGACUUGCUGCUCGGAGGUGGUGGUCCUGUGACUGGAGCUACUUAUUCGCCGCC